AUGGCUACUGCUGUACUGCGGAAUGUUUUGCGAAGAUCCACGGAAUUUUUAGCAGAUGGAUCAAACCUUUUACAACUUGGAACCCCUUUUUAUAUAUACAGCAAUAAGCGAAAUGCAGGUGGUGAGUUUCCUUGGAUGCCUGAUUACGAGUAUAUCAAAGGUAUGGAAGGGCAUCUUUGCUCUACCUUCGAUGCUCCGGAAAAAUGGAAGUUCCCAAAGACAAACCCCGAAGUGAAGCCACUUGAAAGUAAAAUCAGUAAUGCAAAAAUGAAUUUUGGACCACAGCAUCCCGCCGCUCACGGUGUUUUGCGUUUAGUAAUGGAACUUGAUGGAGAAAUUUGUAAGGGUGCUGACCCACAUAUUGGUCUUUUGCAUCGAGGAACAGAAAAGUUGAUCGAGCAUAAAACGUAUUUACAAGCGUUGCCAUAUUUUGAUCGUUUAGAUUAUGUUUCCAUGAUGUGCAACGAGCAAUGUUUUUGCAUCGCCGUCGAGAAACUUCUCAAUAUUGAAGUUCCUAUUCGCGCAAAAUACAUAAGAACUCUUUACGCCGAGCUUACGCGCAUUUUAAAUCACCUGGUCAAUAUUGGUUCUCACGCUUUGGACUGUGGAGCUCUCACUCCUUUCUUCUGGUUAUUCGAAGAACGGGAAAAAGUAAUGGAGUUUUACGAACGUGUGAGUGGUGCACGUAUGCACGCAGCUUAUUUCCGACCGGGAGGUGUUGCUCUCGACAUGCCUCUUGGUUUGAUGGACGAUAUUUACGGAUGGGCCUCACAAUUUAGCGAACGUCUUGACGAAGUAGAAGACAUGCUCACAGAAAAUAGGAUCUGGAUUCAAAGAACUCAAGGCAUUGGUAUUAUCAAUGCUGAGGUUGCUCUUAAUUCAGGGUGCAGUGGAGUUAUGCUGCGAGGUUCUGGAAUCAAAUGGGACUUGAGGAAAACGCAGCCUUAUGAUGCAUACCCUUUAGUCGACUUCGAUGUGCCUUUUGGAAAAAAUGGAGACUGUUAUGAUAGGUACCUUAUCCGAAUAGAAGAGAUGCGUCAAUCGUUGAGAAUAAUCCAUCAAUGUCUAAAUCAAAUGCCAGCUGGUGAGGUGAAGGUUGACGAUGCAAAAAUCGCACCUCCUAGUCGAAAAGAAAUGAAACAGAGCAUGGAAGCUUUAAUUCACCACUUCAAGCUGUUCAGCCAAGGUUUCCAGGUUCCUCCAGGAACGACUUAUACUGCAAUCGAAGCACCUAAGGGUGAGUUAGGGGUCUAUCUUGUUAGUGAUGGUAGCAGCAAGCCAUACAGAUGUAAAAUUAGGUCACCCGGAUUUGCUCAUUUAGGUUGUCUUCCAAAAAUGGGGCCUGGCCACUUUUUAGCAGAUAUUGUAGCCAUUAUCGGUACUCUUGAUGUUGUAUUUGGCGAGGUAGAUCGAUAAACAUUGUAAUCAAAUUUGGAUUCAUACCCAGUGGGUGAACAAAAUUAAGGAUGUCCUAGAGAAGUCUUCGGGACAUUCUUACAAUAUCUUUGGGACUAUGUCUUUGGAAUGUCCUAUGACUUUAAGGCGUCUUCAGGUCAUCUUUAGGACAUUAGGCAUCUUAGAGACGUUCAUUGGACUUACAUUGGACACCCUAGGAACGUCCUAAGGACGUUCUAAGACAGUGCCAUUCAGUAGCAUAAGGACACCUAAAAGAAACUAGCUAUUAAAAACAUGCACUUAAAAAUAUUUUUGAUGAAUAGGGAGAAAGUUAUGAAUGGGACAAGGUCGGACUGGAGAACAGACACCAGACUGGGGUCUUCACUCAACACCGCGAUUAAAUAUUUUUUAUAAUGGCUCAAGCACCAAUAAAAAUUUUAACAGUUUCU